AUGACGGACGAGCUUCAAAUGUCGAGGCAUAUUAUUGUCAAUGGCCUCCCAAACAACGUGACACCUGAGAAGCGUGUGCUUUUCUUGCGACACAUGACAAAGAAGGUGACUGAGGUGCUCGGCCACGAAAACUUCACCAUCCACUUAGUCCUGGACGAGACCACAGGCCUCGUGGCGGGUGCGUUUCUUUCCUUUGGCACAGUCGCCAACGCCGAGGAUGCCUUGGCACGACUCAAUCUUUACCGAUUCACGAAAACGGAUGUUCUCACAACAUACCGAUGGUCUUCCUUGCAGGCGGCAGGCGCCCCACAGGACGAGUACAGGCCGCCCGAGCUGGCGGAUGACGUGGACGCGGAUUUCGCGCACACCAUGAGCGAGGACGCCAUGGCACGUCCGCAGUUCUUUAUUAAGCAGGGAGAGUCUUUUGACGUGGAAUGGUAUUGGUUUAAUUACAUGACUCUCAAAGAUGAGUUGUACCGGAAGCCACGUGCACUAAAAACUGACUCACUGGGCCAAUGGACGGAAAUGGAGCGGCGGCAAAAGAAACUUGGGGCUGGUCUUGUCCACGGCCCUCUUACGGUGGUGCGCCCGAUGCCGGCGUGGUCGACGUUUGGCCGCAUGAUUAUCUCACAGCACACAGGUGGUCUGAAGGUGUGGGGUGGACGACAAAUGAGUAUGCUGUUUGAGGUGCCGGAGCUUGACAUCAAUGCCUUUCUGGUGUCACCGCAGGAGAAGUACCUUGUAGUGAAGACCCUAAACGAUGUGAGUGUAUGGGAUAUCCGUACGGCAAAAAAGAUUCGUACACUUGGUGGUCUUGAUCUUGUGGACACAGAGAAGUGGCCCAUUACUCGCUUCAAUGCGGGGGAUUCACUGGUUGCCAUUUCGCACGCUAGCCUGGAGCCGGGCGCCCCUGGUAAACUCUUCAUUUAUCGUCCAGAGACAAUGCGUGUGCUGCAGGCUUCCGCUACGACGACGCCGAUGUCGCACACAUUUACCGUCCCUGGACUUAAGACAGUGGAGUGGAAUCCGGUUAUGGAGGCGCAAAUGGCCGUCGUCAUGGAACUCGGCGCCAAUCAAGGCUGGAAGGUUACCAUUCAGGACAUCGUGGUGGAGGACAAUCUCGUGCAUGAGGAGAUCAUUGCGCAGCGCAACUUUUUGCAGGCGGAAAAACUAGACCUUCUGUGGCACCCGCAGGGAACCCACCUUGUCGUCAAAAUAACAAAAACACACUCUACCGAGUAUGCCCUCUUUGCUAUUGGCACAAGAAGCGCAGCUGUGAUGCAGUUGCAGGUGGAAAAGGGUCUUUCUGCCGGUCGUUUUGCGUGGCAGCCUUCUGGUCCACACUUUGCCGUCAUUUUUGAAGAUACCUCAAAGUUGGGGGAUAUUGGCUCGACGUCUGAGAUGCGUAUUUACAACAUUAAAAAACAUCUGAAGCUACUUGGACGUUAUGUGACGAAUGCGACGCACCUUUUUUGGGCCCCGCGUGGCGCCCGUUUGGUUGCCACGAACUACGCCAAGUCCACUCUGCAUUUCUACGGCAUCAACGACAAUGGCAUGGUGGUUCAGCUGGAGAAGCACUCGGCGCCUGUGACGGACACGGCGUGGGACCCAACAGGACGCUUCUACGCCUCGUGGGUGUCGGCGCUUAAGAGCGCUGCCGACAACCAAUUUCGCAUCUUUGACUUAAACGGCAGGGAAUUACUGAACAAGCAGGUGCGCCAGCUAUCUCACUUCUCGUGGCGGCCAUUAGCACCGCCGGUGCUGACGGCAGAGGAGAUAAAGAUGGUGCGUGAAAACCUGAGCGAGUACAGCCAGCGGUACGAACGAGAACUGAAGGAGCAGGAGGAGCGUGAGGAGGCGGAGCUGCGGCGCGUCCUCCAGGAUAAGCAGAGUAAAUACAUAAAACGCAUGCGGGAUAUCGCACGCUACCACCGUGAUAAGGGUUUUGAAAACCAACGUGCGGAACUUAUUGCGUCGUCGCCCUGGAGCCGGCUCUGGGCACGGCGUAUGAAGUCCCUUCCAGAGGAGGAGACGAUAAUGCACGAAGAUGUCACCGAGGAGCGCAUCGUGCAGCGCCGUACCCUCAACUAA